ACUGGCUAAGCACCCUAAAUGGAAAUUUAAUUCCUCUGAAGAUACUUCAUACACUUCAUGAAGAGGAUUAAGCAGCAUAUAAAUAAAAUUGAAAUUUAUUGAGCAAGAAUAUACAGAUAACAAUAAUUCAAAGUUGGAGAGAGAUGCAGGAAGAAGAUAGAAAUGAAACGGGUCUCUUUGUUGCUUCUAUUAUGAGCAGAGUUAGAGACCUAAAAAGCAAAUAUAAAAAUGAAGACAAUAUUACAGAUGAGCUUAACUUGACUAAGAUAUCAGCUGAUACAACCGAUAACUCUGGAACUGUUAAUCAGAUUAUGAUGUCUGCAAAUAAUCCUGAAGAUUGGUUGAUAUUUUUACUGAAAUUGGAGAAAAAGGGGAAUCCUCAGACUGACACUAGCUUAUUAAAUCGGUUGAUUGGUCGUUAUAGUCAAGCAGUUGCAGCACUGUCUGCAGAGAAAUAUAGCCAAAAUGAAAGUUAUGCUCACAUUUUGGUUAGAUUUGCAGAACUGAAAGCCAUUGAAGACUUGGAAGAGGCACGUGAUCAGUUCCAUCUUGCUAGACUGAACUGCAAGAAAUUUGCAUUUGUCCACGUAGCUUUUGCACAAUUUGAACUCUCACAAGGAAAUGUAAAAAAAUCUAAACAGGUGCUUGAAAAGGCUGUAGAAUCUAAAGCAGUUCCACAAGAGAUGUUGGAAAUUGCUCUUCAAAAUUUGAGGUUACAAAAAAAGCAACUACUUUCUAUUGAAGUAAAAGAGAACUUGACAGCACUGAGUUCAUACAAUAUUGUUGAAAGUUUCCUGAAUAAGAAAAGAAAUGUUGAUUCUGGUGAUGUUACUACCAAUGCUUCCAGCAUUUGUCCUGGGGGAAAAAAUGAUUCUUCUCAAGAGACUGAAUUGGUCUUGGGUGGACGCAAACCCUUGAAGCAAUUAAACAAAUCUAACCAGAUGUGCACAUUUGGGAGAGUUCCUAUCAUAUUACUAAAUGAGAAUGACGAUACAGAUGAUUCUUUGAAGAUGAGCAUGCCAUGUGUGACCAGUGUCCCAAAGAGGCAAAUAUCUGGAAGCAAAUUGAUCCAGUUGCCAUUACAUGAAUCAAAUCCUAAUGAAAGUGACCCAUAUGUGCCAGAGGACUUGAAGCCUUUACCAAGGAGAAGAGUUACAGAACUGCAGCUGUCAGAUGAGGAAAGCUCAGAAGCAGCUACCAAUUCAACACUAACCUUAAAGAAUAACUAUUCCAGUUGUACUGUUAAAAGAAAAGAAACUGAGGGACAGCAUGAAGAACCGAGGACCAUGGACUCAGGCUGUUUGGGGAGACAGCAGCAGCAUUUAGUUUCUCUUGGAAACAUCCAUAAGGAAAAGGAACAGUUCAAAUUAAAUUGCCCUGUCUCUGGAAAAAAAGUGCCUCAACUUGAAGCAAUGCAUGAGAGAAAUUCUCAGGGAAAAAGCUCAGGCUUGGAAUGUUCAGCAUUACCAGUCUCCAGAAGAUUUUCACCGCCAGAGCGAACUUUGCAGAAAUUUUCACCACCAGAGACUGCUUCAAGGAGAAACAGCCAAGCAUUAAUUGCUGCAACACCAAACAGCGGCACUUUGCCUGAAUAUAUGGCCUGUUUCAGUACUCCCGUUGUAUCGAAUGACCAUCUUCUCAUGCGUAUGGCAACCACACCGUAUAACCAGUUUUCAUAUUUGCGACCUUGUACUCCAUCAACCCCCUUCCAAGUGCAGACAGGAUUGCAGAUUCCAGCUUCUGCACGUCAAAAUGAAUGCAUUGCUAUUAAAGGAAAAUGGUACACUGUGUUGAAACAAAUUGGCAGUGGAGGAUCAAGCAAGGUAUUCCAAGUACUUGAUGAAAAGAAGCAGCUUUAUGCCAUCAAAUAUGUGCAUCUAGAAGACGCAGAUCAACAGACUAUAGAAAGCUAUAAAAAUGAAAUUGCUCACUUAAACAAACUUCAGCAGCAUAGUGAUAAGAUCAUCCGACUUUAUGACUAUGAAAUUGGUGAGAAGAGUAUAUACAUGGUGAUGGAGUGUGGAAAUAUUGAUCUUAAUAGCUGGCUUAAAAAGAAAAAGACAAUUAACCCAUGGGAAAGGAAGAGCUAUUGGAAAAACAUGUUGGAAGCUGUACAUACAAUCCACCAACAUGGUAUUGUUCACAGUGAUCUGAAACCAGCAAACUUUCUGUUAGUGGAUGGAAUGCUAAAACUAAUAGAUUUUGGUAUUGCAAACCAAAUGCAGCCAGAUGUGACUAGUAUUGUUAAAGAUUCACAGGUUGGCACAGUUAAUUAUAUGCCACCAGAGGCAAUCAAAGACAUGUCUUCCUGUGGAGAAAAUGGCAAGUCAAGGUCAAAGAUCAGUCCCAAAAGUGAUGUCUGGUCAUUGGGCUGCAUUUUAUAUUGCAUGACUUAUGGAAGAACUCCAUUUCAGCACAUAACAAAUCAAAUCACAAAACUCCAUGCCAUAAUUGAUCCCAAUUAUGAAAUAGCCUUUCCUGAUAUUGCAGAAAAAGACCUUCAGGAUGUCCUAAAGCGCUGUUUAGUAAGGAAUCCUAAACAAAGAAUAUCUGUGUCUGAAUUGCUGGUUCAUCCUUAUGUACAAAUCCAAGACAAAUCACAAACAGUGAAUUCCACUACAAAAGGAACAACAGAGGAAAUGAAACGUAUCCUUGGUCAUCUUAUUGGUUUGAAUUCUCCUAACUCUAUUUCUAGAGCUGCUAGAAGUUUAUAUGAGCAGUGCAACAAAGGCGAAGGUUUAGAUGUGUCUGCUCUUGCAAAUUCCGAUCGGUAAACAAGGAGUCCAAAGUGAUACAUAACAUUAAUUUUACAGUGUAUUAAGAAAACUAUAUAUUGUUGUAGGCAGUUUAAACUGAUUUGUCUUGCCUCUUCAAGUUGUUUUAGUAUCUGUGGUUUCAAUUCCUUUUCACCAUACCUGUAUCUAUUAUUUGCAUGUUAGUUUUGUGGGAGAGACUUUCUUGCCAUAGAAUUUUUACAGGUUGGUUCACUGCUUAAAGUAUUGCCAUAGAGAAUACUUGUGAAAGAACUGAUACUGUGCUGCAGUUCUUAAAGUGCAAAAAAUCAGUUUCAUUCCAAUGUAAACUCUAAUUGGGAGCUCCUAAUAUUUGCCAGUGUUUAUCUUGAAGAUCUUUUUUUUUUCUUUCUUUUACUGUCAGGCAUAUUUAUUUUCAGAUACUGCUGAUGGGGAAACACUGUAUAGGAUAGUGUUACUAUUUAGCUGCUUUGUUUCAACUUGUGUUCUGUACAUACUGUCAUGGAAACAUUUUGAUUUAUAAAUGACACUUGU